CUUACCUCAUCACAGACAUAAUUCUUCCCCCCCACCCAGUAAAUCGACAUGAGUCGCCACAGCACCAGCAGCAUGACUGAAACCACGGCAAAGAACAUGCUCUGGGGCAGUGAGCUCACUCAGGAAAAACAGACUUGCACCUUUAGAGCCCAAGGCGAGAGGAAGGACAGCUGUAAGCUUUUGCUCAGCACGAUUUGCCUGGGGGAGAAAGCCAAAGAGGAGGUGAAUCGCGUGGAAAUCCUUCCCCAGGAAGACAGGAAAUCACCAAUCACUAUCGCCACGCUGAAGGCCUCUGUCCUGCCUAUGGUCACAGUGACAGGUAUAGAGCUUUCUCCUCCAGUAACUUUUCGUCUCAGGGCUGGCUCAGGACCUGUGUUCCUCAGUGGCCAGGAAUGCUAUGAGACUUCAGACAUGGCCUGGGAAGAUGAUGAGGAAGAGGAGGAGGAAGAGGAAGAGGAUGAAGAUGAGGAUGAAGAUGCAGAUCUAUCGCUAGAAGAGAUCCCUAUCAAACAAGUCAAAAGGGCAGCUCCCCAGAGGCCGACGAGCAUAGCUAAGAGAAAAAAGGUGGACAAAGAGGAGGAGGAGGCGGCAGUGAGGCCCAGCCCUCAGGACAAGAGCCCCUGGAAGAAGGGAAAAUCUACACCCAAACCUAAGAGGUCGACGUCCAAGAAAUGAGCUCAUCUUAGCAGCUUCUAUGUCCAAGGCGGGAUGUCUACCAGCUGUGCUCUGGUGCAGGUGUCCGGCCCCAGCACCUUAGUC